AUGGCCCACAACGAGGCAACUCAGAACAAGAGCAAUGCCGUGGACUCUCUCCACUAUGACAAGCGCAACAGCCUUGAUACUGUUGAUCACGUUGAGAUUGGAAAGAAAGUCGAUCAAGGCAGUGAUAUGAAAGUCUAUGGUCAUGCCGAGCACAUCAGUUACACCAAAGAGGAACACGAUCAGGUGCUGAGGAGGAUUGACUGGAUUCUCUUGCCCAUGCUAGCUGCUUGUUACAUGUUCUCGUUCCUCGACAAGACUCUUCUAAACUACGGCUCCAUCUUUGGACUUACAAAGCAGCUACACCUCAAAGGAACCAACUACAGCUGGCUAGGAAGUAUAUUCUACAUUGGCUACAUGGUCGGCGUCAUGGUGUGGGCAAAGCUCGUCCAGCUCUGGCCCCAGCACGCCGGCAAGUUCAUCACCGGCGCCGUCCUCGCGUGGUCCACCAUCAUCCUCCUCACUCCCCUGUGCUUCAACUUUGCCGGCAUCGCGGUGGCGCGCCUCUGUCUGGGGCUCGUCGAGAGCAUCAUCGGCCCGGUCUUCGUCAUCGUCACGAGCAACUGGUGGACGCGACGGGAGCAGGCCUUCCGGACCGCCUUUUGGCUGAGCGGCACGCCCAUCGGCAACUUCAUCGGCGGGCUCCUCACGUACGGGCUCGGAAAAGUACAUGGCUCCAUUUCCACGUGGAAGAUCUUUUAUCUGUUUUUCGGAUCGUUUAGUUUUGUCUUCGGCCUCGUCCUCGCCUUCCUCAUGCCGGAUAACCAGACGAACGCGCGAUGGCUCGACGAGCGCCAGAAGAAGAUUGCCAUCGAACGGGUGAGGCAGAAUCGCACGGUGACGGCGGAUGACCGGUGGAAGUGGCCUCAGUUCUGGGAGGCUCUACGCGAUCCCCAGACGAUCUUGUUCUUCGUGACCGCCGUUGGCAAUACAAUGCCUUCCACGUUUGCAAGCCAGUUCUCUAGCCAAGUCGUUACCGGGUUCGGCUUCACCCCGCUGCAGACCACGCUCGUGUCCACCUGUCCGGCCGCCACCAUCCAGUUCCUCUCCUUCAUCGUCUUUUCCUGGCUCGCCUCCCGGUACAAGAACAUCUCACUACUCCUCUGCAUCGCCUGCUCCGUUCCGCCCCUCAUCGGCGCCUGCAUCCUCCACGCGCUGCCGGCACACAACCAGGCUGGAAGGCUCGCAGGAUAUUACCUCACCUACACGCACUCGUUAUCAUUUACUCUAAAUACGGGAUUGAUUGCGUCAAAUUACGCUGGUAACACGAAGAAGACAACCGCGUCGGGGCUGAUCUUUGCGGGCUGGGCCGCCGGCUUGAUCGCAGGACCUCAAUUCUUCCUGGCCCGGCAGGCGCCGGUGUAUGAACUAGCUUUCAGAAUGCUGAUGGGCUGCUACUCGCUGAUGAUUGUAAUUCCUGUCGUCCAGAUUGCGUGGUACAGAUAUGAAAAUUCGCGUCGUGAGCGCCUCGCGCAGGAACCGAUAAGCGGUGGCGGCGCUGCCGAGCCAGAGUUCACGGACAAGUCGGAUUUUGAGCAGUGGGAGACCUUCAGGUAUAUCAUGUAA